ACUUUCCAAUCGCAGAUUUCCGCGACGUGCGCUCAGUUUGUCCCUCUGCGGCUCCCGUACAAAGAGGGAGGAAACAAUUUGAAUGUUCGGCGCGGUUCAGCAGGAGCAGUUUUGUUGUGAUCGUGAAGGAAAACGAAGUAUGGCUUCCUCCACCUCGAGCGCUGAUGAGGGCUCCUUCAAGACCCCUAAAAUCUCCCGAGUGAGGGUCAACGGAGGGACCCCCAUCACCAUCCCGGCCUCACCUUUCAUGAAGAAGCUGGGCUGUGGGACUGGAGUCAAUGUUUACCUCAUGAACAGGAUGGGGAAGCUGAAUUCAUCUCCCUGGGCUGUGAAGAAAAUCAACAGUAAGUGUGCGACCAAACAGCUGGCCGUUUACCAGAAGCGUCUGAAUGCAGAGGCAAAGAUCCUGAAGGGAAUCAACCACCCAAACAUUGUUGGGUUUCGGGCCUUCACCACGGCUAAAGAUGGAUCAAAGUGUCUGGCCAUGGAAUACGGAGGAGAACAAUCCCUCAAUGACCUGAUCGAGACGAGGAAGAAGGACGAAGGGAAAGCUUUUCCUGCUGCCAUUAUAGAGAAAGUGGCGCUGCAUGUUGCUCGAGGCCUUCAGUAUCUCCACAACGAGAGGAGGCUGCUGCACGGGGACAUGAAGUCCUGUAAUGUCGUCAUCAAGGGCGACUUUGAGACGGUCAAGAUCUGCGAUGUGGGCGUGUCUCUGCUGCUGGAUGAGAACAUGAAAGUGUCAGACUCGAAGGCGGAGUACAUCGGCACGGAGCCGUGGAAACCGAUGGAAGCUCUGAACGAGGAGGGAGGAGAGAUCACCGACAAGGCCGACAUGUUCGCCUUCGGUCUGACUCUGUGGGAGAUGAUGACGCUCGCCAUGCCUCACCUGGAGAUGCUGGGGGACGACGAUGAUGAGGAGGAAGAAGAGGACUCCAUGGAGGACAGCUUCGAUGAGGACGAGUACUACGAGCGGUUGGGGACGAGGCCCCCGCUGGACGUUGAGGCUCUGGGCAGCUCCUACAGGAGGAUGGUGGAGCUGUUCUGCCUCUGCACGGAGAUAGACCCUAAAAAGAGACCCUCGGCCGCACAGGUGGUCCAGGCUCUGGAGAGCAACGCCCCUCUGGAGAAAACACCCAGUGAGGUGAUCGUUAUCGACUGAUUCACACAACUGAUGAAGCUUUUUUAUCUUAGAGCUGUCAGAAACUUAGUCAGGGAUUUGUAUUAGAAACUGGAGAGUAUAGAGACAACCUGAAACCUGUCCUCUUUAUAUACUGGUCCUUUUUGAGGGCGGUUGUGUUGGAGAUAUAAAUCUUAAUCUCCAGUCUCAUAGAAGAAUCUGUUAUCUCUGUUCUGUUGGUCUUCACUUGUUGAAACUAUUUCCAUGUUUUCAUUAUUUCUCCUCGUAUGUUCGACUUUUGUAGCGUCCUGUUUUUACUUUCCUUACCUCUGAGUUCUCUUCAGUCUCAUGUUUGAUUGUGUUCCUGCACUUCUAUAAACUAUAUUUCUUCAUCAAACUCUUGAUGUUCUGUUUUCAUUUGAUCUUUGUUGUGUUUUGAAGAUCUGUCAGGGCUUCAUUUACACUGUAGAUGAAGUGAUGGAUUGUUCUGCAGGUGUCUGCCAAGCUUUUGUAUUUGCACACAAAAAUACAAACAUACUUUAAAUCUUUUAUUUAGGAAUUUCAAAUUGGAAAGUGAGUAACUGGAUUUCAUUUGUAAUUCACCAAAGCAAUGCUUUGACCAUAAUCGUUAAAAAUACGGCAAAAGCUUUAUUUGUUGUAAUCCAAAGACCUCCUAAAACAAAAUAAUAAGUCUAGCUUCA